AUGGAAUAUGAUCUUGUUUUUCUAAAUGGUCGCGUUAUCAAUCCUGAAACAAAUUUCGAUGCUAUACGAUCGGUUGGUAUCAUCGAUGGAUCUAUUGUAUCGAUUAGUGAAGAAAAUUUAAAAGGCAAAGUAGAAAUAGAUAUUUCAAAUUUAAUUAUUUGUCCAGGCUUUAUCGAUGUUCAUUCACAUGAACACAGUGAUGAAUACUAUACAUUGAAAUGUCAAGAUGGUGUUACAUCAAUUUUUGAAUUAGAAGUUGGAACAGAUGAUGUUGAUCUAUGGUAUGCUGAAAGAGACAACAAAACUUUAAUUAACUAUGGAGUAGCUAUCGGUCAUAUUCAAGCACGAAUGAAAGUAUUUAAUCAUCCACCAGGUUUUCUACCUCAUAGUGAUUCAUCGGCAGCACUUCAACCUGAUAGAAUUGAUGAAAUAAAAAAAGAAAUCGAAUAUGGUCUUCGACGAGGUGCUAUGGCCGUAGGUUUUGGUAUUCAUUAUGUUCCAGGAGCUACACGAUGGGAAAUUGUAGAAUGUUUUCGUUUGGCAAAAAAAUAUGAUGUUUGUUGUCAUGUUCAUAUGCGUCACUUUGGUGCUCAAGAAAAAAAUGGUAGUUUAGCAGCUCUUCAAGAAAUUCUUGCUCUAGGAGCAUGCACCAAAGCUGCUAUUAAUGUUUGCCAUUUACAUAGUACUUGUUUAGCAGCGACUCAUAAAGCACUUGAAUUGAUACAUGAUGCACACAAAAAUGGUAUGGAUAUAACAACAGAAUUUUAUCCCUAUCUGGCUGGUUGUAGUACGAUUGAUUCAGCUUUGUUUAAUGACGAUCUAUGGCAAGAACAAUUGGGAAUAAAUUAUAAUGGUUUAACAUAUAUUAAUACAGGAGAGCAGUUGGAUGCAAACAGUUUUGCUAAAUAUCGAAAAGAAGGAGGAUUAAUUCUUAUUAAUUCAAUACCCGAAGAAGCAGUCCUUGAGUGCCUUCGAAGUCCUAUUACAUUGAUGGGUAGUGAUGCACUCCGUGGUCAUCCACGUGCUGCUGGUUCAUGUGCUCGUGUUCUUGGUCAUUAUGUUCGUGAUCGUGGUAUUAUAUCAUUGAUGGAGGCGAUUCGAAAAAUGUCUCUAUUACCAGCACAACGACUAGAAAGUGCUUCAUCACAAAUGAAAACUAGAGGUCGUAUUUGUGAAGGUGCUACAGCAGAUUUAUGUAUAUUUGAUCCGGUGACUAUCAAAGAUUGUGCUACUUAUCAACAGCCAAAACUUCCUUCUCAGGGUAUAAUACACGUACUUGUUAAUGGAAAAUUCGUUCUACGUGAUGGAAAGUUAGUUACUAUGGAUAAAAAUACCAAUUUACCAGGUCAACCCAUUCGUGGUAGAGUCGAUUAUAAACUUUAG